AUGGGCAGUCUUUCUUUAUUUUUGCUGUCCUUGGACAACGAGCAAGAGAUCCUGCCUAUUAUGACCCGGUUCCCAAAGUUUCCACCUGAGAUCCGCAACAUGGUCUGGACUUUCGCAGCGAUGGAGCCAGAAGUCUUCACGGUCAAGAUCCGAAGACUUGUUAAGGAAUCUCCGUCGAAAGCCAAGCAAAAGAAGAACCUCACCGCACGAACCCAAUUCCACUUCAAGUACGAGGCAACCUCGGGUCCUAUCAACCUCCACGGCUACAAUACCCCUCACUCCAGCCUUCGGAGUGCCACGAAUGAAUCUCGUGCUGCGUACAAAAAGUUCAGAUCGCACGAAAUCCAACUGCUCGGCUAUGGCCCUGACAACAAAGUCUUUUUCAACCCAUCGGUUGACGUCCUCCACUUCGAUGACUUCUCCUCUCUUUUCUCCCAUCAUCUGCGCCAACGUUUGAGACGUCCCCUCCCUUUCCUCUCAGGACUUGACAAAGCAGAGAAGAUUGCUUUCGACCCAACUCCAGACAGUGAUAGGAUCGAGGAUUUAUCCGAAGAGGUCGUGGAGGACUUUAAGAUGAGAACAACGAGGAUUGAGAUGGGUUGGAUUGAGAAUGGGACGGAGUAUAAGAAGGAUUUUGGAUGGAGACGGGCUAAGCUUUUGGAGGAAAACAGGUUGAUGGGAGAGAUGCGACCACGGGCCAUCCGAAAUUCAGGAGCCUUGGGACGAGUUAAUGGAGGCUACAUUAGUGUUGAAGCUAAGAUCCUCCGUCUCCCCCUGACAGCAAAGGACUUGGCAUAA